ACGUGGGACGUGGCACUGCGCAAGCGCACCAGCGGCUGCCCGAUCGUUUGUUCAAAGAAGAAAAAGCGACGUGAAUUCUUCGGAGGAUAAUUCUAGUGGUGGUGUUUUUUCUUUGACUGCCAGCUUCGAGUCGGCGCUGCAUCGAAACAUGUACUUGGCAAUUGUUGCGCCGUUGUGGGCGGGCGUGCUGUUAUUGUUUUGUCCAAUCGGCGUUCUGUCGGCCGGGUGCACGCCCUACGCCCUUCCGGAGGAUUUCAAAUCCGCGUGCGACGUCCGCAACCUGCAAGUUAUCAGCGCUUCGGGGAACACCAUCGUCGACAAUGCCAACUGCAACGAACUUUUUUCGAAAUCCGAGUUCUCAACCUCGCCGUCGGUGCAGUUCGACGGUGCUGAUCCCGAAAAGACGUAUACUUUAAUCAUGGUCGACCCCGAUGCACCAAACCACAGUGAAGGCCAGUACUGGCUUCACUGGAUUGUUGCUAACAUUAAGGGAGCAGAUCUGAGAAGUGGCAACAUUGGAUCGUCACACACCGUGGUCACCAGCUACCACCCGCCGGGCCCGCCCAAAGGCACGGGCCCGCACCGCUACGUGUUCCUGCUGCUGGAGCAGGCCAAGAGCAAGGUGUCCAUGGAGUCCCCCGACAAGAGGCCCCGCUUCAACCUGGCCACCUACCUCAGCAUCCAGGAGGGCAAGUUCUGCCGGCUGGUGGCGGGCGCCCAGUUCCGCGCCCAGUACGAGGCCUGAGGCCUCCUGUCGCGGCCUGUACAGCCCCCCCCCCCCCCCCGUCUCCCCCGGGGGGGUUCUCUUGUCGCAGCCUGUACAGCUCUGUAUCCCGCAGAAAACAUAUCGAAUGAAACCCCCACACGGGCCUGUAACUGUUCUUUUUUUCCCCCCCUUCGCCCGAAAACAAAAAGGACGAAUUCUUUGGAAACUAGUGGACAAAAAGGGUUCAUAUGUAAUUCUUCAAGUAUAGGGCUGUGUUGAUAAUGUUUAUAAUACAUCGAUAUUAAAUGUUAAGAACAAUUUUUUUUUAAAUUUUAACAUUAAACAUGAAGAUAAAUGAUAAUUUUGACAAAUUUUAAAUAAUAUAUUUUUUUUUUAACUGUUUAGAUAUGUUCACUUUUAUUUACAAAAAAAAACGUUCUGGCAACUUUUUAGUAAAAUUCUCUCGUGAAAAAGUAAGUUUUUUUUUCUGUUUGUAUACCAUUAUAAUGUAUUUACGUUGUAUUUAAUUUGUGAGAGGGAGGGAUCAAAUUGUAAUUUUACCCGGGCCUAACACUGUUUUGCACCGUCACGCCCUUGUGGCGAGCGUUGUGACUUGCGGGGUUGGAUCCGGCAUGCCUUGCGUGACUGAAAAGUUUAAGAGCUCAGUCGAUACCCGAAUAUUCAAUCCUGGAGAUCACGUGCAUGUCCCCAGUGUUUGCCUUUAACCAUUGAAAAAACAAUUGUCUUAGUACAUUAAUCGAGCCAGAAUUCGCAAGAGCUCGUUGUGUGACGUAAAAGGACGUUCAUUGUUUUGGUUCGCAAUAUUUUCUUUUGUUCAUGAAUUUCACUCCCUCCAUUUACUUCAUCACGGCCUCACUCAAAACUUUCUAGCCUUGCCAAGAACCCGACGUUGAUACUGUGAGAUACACAGUGUUUAACAGUGGCUUGUGGUCCACUGAAUUAUAUACAUAUACAAUGUUAUUGUAAGCCACGAACUACUAAAUAUUGAGACACAACAUAUAUAAAUAUUUUUUUGGGAAAUAAAUACCGAUAACAUAUAUUUUGGUUUCUGAUAAACUGUUUUAAUCAUGUUUUUGUACUGAGGCUGCGGUGUGUAUAAACUUACAGAUAAUGUUUGUUUUUUUUGUGAUCAAGAUGAAGACUUUGUUACUGGGUAAACCUUUGUAAUGAUUUAAUGCUUUAUUAAUAAGAUAUAAUACCUUUAUUAUGAUUUUUUGUUAAAAUUCAUAUGGGAUAUUUUUUUUGUUCUUAGUUGUUGGUGUGUGUAUUUGUUAGUUUUGUACACGGUAUCUGGUGAUGUUUUAUGUUUUGGUAUAUAAAUAAAUAUUUUAUAUAUUAUUUACCGCAAAACAAAUCCUAUCCUACUAACCCAAUCUUAUACUACAAGUAUAGGUACAUGAUGAGUCCGAAUUCAACAAACUUCGGCUGCAAGUUCAUUAUGAAAAAGUAAGUUCAAUUUUUUUUUGUUCUAAGGGCAUUCCAAGGCAGAAAACUUGUCGCUGUUGAACGAUUUCAUUGAAAUAAUCGGAAAAGUUUCCUGUUUGGUUACCGCUGUGGGUAAAUAGGCUAUAUUUUGUUGGUUAUAUUUGAUAAAACUCGUAAAAUCAUUUUCACUUUAUAUGUUAUUGGUAUUAAUGAUUUGAAUAUCUGAACAUUUUUUAAGGAAGUUUCAACAAAUACAAUCAAAUACAUACCGAUCGUUAUCACAAAACAAAGGUAUAAUAAGAAAGUAAAUUUAUGUGAAUUCGCGUGACAGCAAUUAAGAGUUUAAAAUGACUAAUUUCAGCCUAAAUGUAAUAUGUGUAGAUAUAUACUACAUUAUGUAUGUCCUGUUGGGCUUAUGUGCGUUAUGCGCAGGCUGGUUAUUACUGCGUUGGGUAUUUUAAAAGCAUUCACUAUGCUCAGCAACGUCAACAGUAGAUAAUAUUCAAUAAACAACUAUGCAUAACACUUGAGAACUAAACAGCAACGAUGGAAGCUAUCCUAACUUUAUAGUAUACGGGGAGGAAAAACCAACACAGUAAAAUACAUAUUUGAGAUUAUUAAAAUAAAAAUUUAUAAACUGUUUGAAAUGUAACAAUGUAAGUACACACUGAUUAUAUAUGUUGACAAACAAUAUACACUCAGGAUAAAUAAUCAGUAUAGCUAUGAAAAACUCUAAAUGACAUUUCAAUAUAAUAUUUAAAGUAUGCUUUGGUCAAAAUCGGAUGUCAGAACUGUAGCAGGUACUCUAAAACCUGAUAAUAUACUGGAUUUAU